UGUUCUCUAUACACAAAACCUCAGACCUUGACUGACACUACAAAUUCUUCAUUGACCUGCUAAACAAGGUUUUGGGCCGACCUUCGAGCGUCACACAGCGCGGUGUUACUUGACCCCAGUUAAGCAAUCUACAUUUUACAUGCAGUUAACCGUAUAUAGUGAAGAGAUUUUGGGAAUACAGAACCUUCACAACGGGCACAGUCACAGCUGGGCAUUUUAAUGGGUUGGCUUUAACUGACGGGCCUCAGGUCCAAAGACUGACGUUAUGACGGUGUCCGUGGCUGCGGACGGCCUGGCCGGUGGCGCUGUGACAGCGGACGUGGCGGGCGCUCCGGGUAGCCCCGUGCUUCCCCGCACGGACGCACCACCGUCCCCCAGCAGCGCCGCCCGCAACGGCGGAGCUGGUGGUGGCGGUGGCGGCGGCUCUCCACGACGUGGUAUAAACACGCUAUUCGAGCCGUCCUCUCAGUUCUUCGAAAACGGGCCGCCGAAGGAGAGCCUCAUCCGCUCGCCGGAGCUCGCACGUGUUGAGCUCUCGACGGCGUUGGAGCCACGAGGCGCUCAGCGCCAAGCCGGCGUGUCGCAUGUGGGCCACACGCUACAGGGGCCCAUAGACACUCGUGCCGCCGCAGUUCCAAGGGCUCGCGGAGCCGCCGCGCCAGCGGGCCCCUCCCCUUACCUGACGCCUCUGCACGAUGGCCGCUCGCCCAAGCGCCAGCCGCGCCGCACGUCAGCCCCGCCGCCGGUGUCUGGCCAGCCGUCGGGACUGUCGCCUAGCGGCCCCAGCCUGACCUCGGGCUCAGGGCUUCCCGCCCACAAGCGCACUCUGGCGGAGCUGACGGGCGGGCGGCCUGUGGCGGGCAGCGCAGCAGCAGGCGUGCGGGGCGCACGCCGGCACGCCGCAGCGGCCGGCGCCCUGUCGCCAUCGCUUGCGGCGCCCUCGGUGCCGCACUGGACAGUGGAGGAAGAGAAGCAGAAGGCCAGGGACCGGUCUUCCAGCCCGAGGUCCAGGGCAGGCAAGGCGGCCGAGGGUGAGCCGGCUGCGGCCGUGAAUGGCCCGACGUCACCUAGGCUGCAUGACGUGUACGCAGUGGGGCCGGCACAGCAGCAGCAGCAGCAGCAGCAGCAGCAGCAGCAGCACCCGCCAGGGGGUGUCAGCGUCAGUGACGCCGCGUCCGUGCGCGGCGCUGACAGCGGUGAUGCUGCGGGGAGCAGCGACGCCGAGGGGAGCGGCAGUGGCAGCGGCAACGAGGGCGGACAGCGCUACUUCUACUUGGGCAGCUACGCACCGCCGGGCACCAACCUGGACUGGAGCCACACCAAUGCCUACGGCGACAGGCCCGGCGGCCCCGGCAAUGGCACUGGCCUUGGUGUAGCAGGGUAUGCGGCUCCCCUGCCAGCAACAAGCGCAUCCGACGGCGGCGCCCAACCGCGGGCACUGGGAGCCGGAGCUGGUGCAAGCGCUGCCGUCAGCGCCGGCGGCGCACUGCCGGCGCUGGAGGCUCAGGCCUCGCACCAGUCACAGCAUUCCCAGCAAUCGCAGCAAUCGCAGCUGCGUGCUCCGGCAGCUCAGGGCUCGGCCACCUCGGUCGGCUCGCUCAGCUCCCCCGUGUCCGCGGCGCGGCUGGCGGCGGCGGAGCGCGGCGCCAGCCUGGCUGGCCGCAGCGCCUCCUGGCGCCGCAGCCUCGCGCCCGAUGCCCACACCAACCCCAACGCCGGCAUGCGUCAGUCAAUGCACAGCGUGCGUCCCGGGCACGGCGCGCCCGGCAGUCCCAGCGGCGCCGGCGUGAUGAGCUCCACACUGGCGGAGUGGGCGCGGCACAGCGUGCACACGGUGGGGCCGGAGACGCGCUCGCCACGCCUAAUCAGCGCCGGCACCGCGGCGGGGUCAGCGGCAUGGGGCCAUGGGAACGGGCCGUCUGCCGCAGAGGACAGCGGCUGGGCCCCGCCUGCGGGGAUUGCGGAGUAUGGCGCGGGCAGCCGCACCAGCGACAGUGAGGGCGAGCGCGCCAGCAGCCGAGGGGGCGGAGGAGGAGGCGGCGGCAUGCGCGGGGGCAGCGCAGGCGGAGGAGCUGCAAGGACCUCACCUGGGCGCAGUCGGAGCAGCAGCGCUGCGACGGCCUCGGCGUCUGCGGUGUGGGUUGACCCGGAGCUGGUGCGGCAGUACACACAGCGGCCGCCCAAGCUGUGUACGCCCAAUACCACCACCGGCAGGCCCAUCACCAGCAGUGAUUUUGUGGCGUUCAAGAACAAGACUGUCAACCGGUCAGGAGCCCCCAACACGCUAAGGACGCCCCUGGGUAGCGUGGCAGCAGCGGGUGGCGGCGCAGGUGCGGGUGCGGACGCUCGUGGCAUGCCGCCCUUGUCCGCCCUGAUCGGCCCCGCCUGGGUGCCGCCGCAGUCGCGGCCGCGCUCGCCCCACAUGGGCGUGGGGAGCGUGCUGGGCUCUGCCACCUUCGUGCCGGGCCUGUUUGUGCCCCUCGAGCUGGAGCCGGCGCCGCCGCGGCCGGGCACCUCCGCAACUUCCACCAGCUCCGCCACCGCAAGCGCCAGCGCCGCCACCGGUGCACCCGUGGAUCCAGCCGACGGCUCCACACGGCCAGUCACCACCACCACAGACACCGCCGGCGGCACCACCCGGGCCGGCACCGCAUCCGGCGGCGGCGGUGCCUUCAGCGGCACUGCCACGCGGCUGGCUGCCACUGGUGGCGGCGGCGGCGGCGCAGGCGCCGCCCCUGUAACGCACGUCCGCUGCGGCGCCGGUGAGCUGUCGCUCGACGUGGCGCCCUGGAUGACGCCCGCCUCUGGGCCGUCUGGCGACGUGUGCGGGCUGUUCGGCGGCGACGACGGCGGCGAGAGCGUGGCGCUGUUGAGCCGUGUGGUGAAGGGCACGGUGCACUGCGACCUGGGCUGGGCGGAGGUGUCGGAGAGCCUCAUGUUCAUGAGCUCGGCGGCGGUGCCCAACGCAGUGCUGCGCUUCCCGGUGCCGCCGCGCGCGGUGCUGCAGAAGUUCGCUGCCACCAUCGGCGGCACAACGGUGCUUGCUGAGUCGGUGGCGCGGCCGGUGCUGGCGGGGUAUGACGAGGACGAGGAGGAAGAUGACGACCCAGGGCCAGGCCGCACCCUCCUCAAGGGCUUCGCCCGCCGCAACAGGGACGCUGCAGGUGCCGGAGGCGGCCGCCCGCCUGUGCUUCGUGUGCCGCUGGGCAAAGUGCGCGGCGACAUCUUCAUCAACAUCACCUACGUGGUGCAGCUGGAGGCAAGCGGCAACACGCUGUCGCUCACGCACGUCUGCAACUGGACGCCCGCGCGGCAAGGCUGGCACCUGACGCCCGGUGGGCAGGCGGGCGCGGCCGCCGAGGGCCCUGCGCCUGUCGCCUCCGGCGGCGGGCGGCGGGCGAAGCACAAGCCCUCCGAGCUGUAUGACCUGACGUUUGAGAUGGAGGUGCUGAGUCACCGCGGCCUCAACCUGGUGACCGGGCCGCGCCACAUGGCCAUCAAACCCAACUACGACUCCCUGCUCAUCCAGGGCUACACGCAGGUGUGGCGGCCGCGCCACGUCACACACGUCACGUUCGAGGUGGCGCUGUCCGCGCCCAUCCGCUCAUUCGCCAUCCUGCAUGACGCGCGCACCUCAGCCGGAGGCGAAGGCGAGGCCAUUGAGGCCGGCGGCGCCGUAGCCGGCCGCGGCGGCGCCGCCCUCGCGCCGAGUGCGCCCCACCGGUCGGGCGCCAGCCACGGACACGACGGCUCCGCAGCGCCAGCAGUGCCGUCGCUAGCCAUCGGCCGGUCAAAGAGCCUUAAGUUCCUGGGCCCUAUGACCCUGGAUGCUGGUGAUAGCAACCAGACGCUGGGCGGCGAGAAUAGCUGGCGCACGGGCGGAGCAGCCAGCUCGCCGGGCUUGCGGCCGUCACUAGCGGGUGCCGGCACCGGCGUGUACGGUCUGCGUCGCGCCCACGCGGGCGGAGGAGUGGGGUACGACACGCACUCACGCACCUCCAACCGCAACUGCGCCGCCGUCACGUUCGUGCCCGCGAGCCACUUCAGCCCCUUGGAGCUGGAGGAGGCGCUGGGGCCGGAGGUGGCGCCCGGGCCGCGCGCGCAGGCGGCGGCGCUGCGAGCAGGCAGCUCUGCCGUGCCGGGGCCGCUGCCGGUGGAGCUGCUGCUCGUGGUGGACUGCUGCGGCCCCACAGGCAUGGCCUACCACCUCAUGCAGCUGCUGCAAACGCUGGCGCUCAUGCUGCGCAGCCUGCCGGUGGCUGACAGCAGCGCAGUCGCCGGCGCCGGGAUCGGCGUUGGCACGGCCAGCACCAGCGUCAUAGCCUCAGGCGGUGCCGAGGCAGGGCUCAGCGACACGCGAGGCUCCGCCGGCGGCGGCAUGGCGGCGACAGGCGCGAGCGUGCUGGGAUCAUCCAGCGCUGCGGCGUCAGCUCUUGCUUCUGCAGCGCUCUUCAACAUUGUCAUCGUUCCGGGCGGACCGCCUCCCCCAGAGGAAGAUGACGAGGAAGAGGCUGGCAGCCGCAGCCGGGGGGGCAACAGCAACGACUCUGAUGACGAUGACCUGGGGUUGUUACCUCGCAGCCGUCGCCGGCGCUCAUCCACCAGCAGCCGCCGGCGUUCGUCGGGUGUGUCGUCCGACGGCGGCGCCGUGGGCCUGCCGCAGCCCAAAGACGCGCUACCACCCAUGUGGUUCUUCCCGUCCGGCGCGAGGCCGGUGACCGCGGAGACCGUGGCCGCCGCCAUCGCUUGGGUGGGGUCGCUGGUGACCGACGCCAACAACCUGGUCCUGUGGGCGCAGCCCAUGCCGCGCACGCACCUGCUGCUGUCGGGCCUGGCGGCCGCCUACCCGCGGGUGCCCGGCUACCGCCGCGCCGCGGUGCUGCUGUGCCAGCACCUGAAGCCGCACGAGCGCGCCGUGCGCCGCUACUCCUACGGCGGCAACGGCUCGAACUACACCACGCCGCGGCAGGGCAGGAGUGUGGCUGGCAGCCGUGCUGUCAGCCGCGCCGUCAGCCGCGCCGCCUCCAAGCGCGGCGGCAUGCUGAGUCGCAGCACCUCCAAGAAGAACCUCAGCAGGGCACUCAGCCGCAUGGGCACGCUGCGCGAGCGGGCGGUGGCGGCGGCCGCCGCCGCGGUGGUGGAGGAGGGCGAGGAGGGCGCCGGCGCCGACGGCGCGCUGGGCGAGCCGGGUGUUGAAGAGGGCGACCGGACGGCGUCUGCGCUGGAGGCGGCGGUGGCCGCGCUGGCGUCGCGAAGCGGCGGGCGCGCAGUGGUUACCUCCGUGUCGGGGGCGGAUCCUGGGCUGGCCGGUGCCGGGGCCCCUGCAGCGCAUGUGGCGUUUGGUGAGCCGCCGCCGCCGCUGGCACACUUGCGCCAGGCUGAAGAUCGGGGUGAGGAGGCGGGUGACAUGCCUGGCCCGGUGCGCUCUGAGUCGCCGGCGCCGCAGCCGUCACGGCAGCGGCCGCGGUCUUCCAUCGCACGCAGCGGCCAGCCACGCUCCGGCCUGGUUACCGGCAGUGGCACUGACGGGGUGCGCUUUGGCCCGUUCGGUGACGGGUCGGCGCCGCCUAUGCUGGAGCGCUCCCGCUCACGACCGCGCGCCGCGACCGACCUCGGCAUCAGCGACAGCGAUCCGGAUAGCCGCGUCAUGCGCGGCAGCGGCUUUCGCUCAGCCGACGGCGCGGCCGCCUAUGCGGCCCUGCGCGAGGAGGACAAGGCGGAGGCCGCCCGCAACCCCGACCCGCCCCGCUUGGGCUUCCCGGUCUUUGUGGUGGUGCACGAGCUGGCGAUGCCGCCUCUCAGCGGCCCCGCCGGCGGCGGCGGCGGAGGCCUGUACGGCGCGUCUGGUCCCAGCUACCUGAUGGCGUACCACGUGUACCAGAAGCACCUGGAGGGUUUGCUAUACGAGCAGGCGCGUGAGGACGUGCAGCAGCUGUCGCUCGGCUACUUCCGUGGCAUGGCGGAGGCGGAGGGCGGCUUCCUGCAGGUGGCUGCCUCGCCGCUGGAGGUUGGGUCGGCGCUGGUGCUGGCAGCCUCCUGCGCCGUGAACGGCCGCUACCUGAGAGACCUGAAGCUCAGCACGCGCGGCGCCGUGCUGCGGGAGCAGUUCCCGCAGCGCCUGCCGCCGGCCAUGCCGCUGGGCGAGCCGGUCACACUGCUGGUGCGGCUGACCAAGAUGCAGCCUGGAGCCGCGCUGGUGCUGGCGGGGCGCUGGCCCAAUGGCUCACGGACGCAAGUGGAGGUGUCGGUGGACCCGCGGCUGCGGACGACCGGGCAGCUGCUGCCGCUGCUCUGCGCGCUGGGGGAGGUGUCUUCGCUGCUGAAGCAGCUCCCGCCGCCUCCACCGGCCGGCGGCUUCCGGCCCGGCAACGACGCAGCCAGCAUGCGCCGCAGCGGCGGCCUGUCCCAACAGCAGCAGCAACAGCAGCUCACUCAGGAGCAGCAGGAGGCGCUGCUCAGGGCGCAGCUGGGCACGCCCAAGCAGCAGGCGGCGCGGAAGCGGGCCAUCGAGAGGUGCCGGGCCUUCAAUUUGGUGACCACGCUGACGCAGAUGUCCAUGGUGACCAUGACGCUGGCUCGCGGUCGUGGCCUGUCCAUGCACACACACCAAAACAACGCCAACAGCCGACACGACCCCCGCGCCAACUUCUUCUGGCCUUCGCCCAUCCUGUCAGUGCUGUCUGCGGCUGCACGCGAGGCGUAUGCGGCAGGGCCCGGCGCACAGCUGCAGCAACAACAGCAGCAGCAACAGCAGCAGCAGCAGCACGGUGGGCCUAACGGCAUGGCGGCCGGCGCCACCACGCCCUUCGUGGCGCCGCCCAACGCCGCAGCUGCUGCAGCCCACGCGCCGCUGUCGAAGGUGUCAUCCCACCAUCUGAUCACAUUCCAGGACCCGCCACCGCAGUUGUCGGCGUCACUGUCGCUGGCGGGGAUUGAGCUGCCUGGCGGCAUCAAAGGGCUUCCAACCGGGCACAUGACGCUGACCGCCAAGGCACCAGGCGCGCCCUCACGCGCGUCGUCUUCCUCCCUGCAGCCGCCGCCGCCGCUGCCCCAGCACACCGGCUCCCAGCACGCCAUCUCACCCGACCCCUCUGCGCCGGGAGCGCCAGAUGACACAGGCUCCGAAGCCUCCUCAGCGCGCCCCUCCCUCGCCCAGGUCGCCGGCGACACCAUGGCCGGGCCGCAACCAGGCGGCACCGCGCCUGUGCCGUUGCUGCAGCAGUCCUCGCUUGCCUCCCUCAAGUCCGAGGCCACAGCAGCUACCCUGACCUCGGAUGCCUCGGACACAGAAAGCCGCGCCGGCGGCUCCGCCCGUGUCAGGACGCCCAGCCGCGCCGCGGCGCGGCGGCGGUCGCUGGUGCUGCUGGAGCAGACGACGCAGAUGACGGCCCUGCGCAUGUCGGCUCUGGGUAUCCCGGCAUAUCUGCCGGAUGGCGGCACACGUAGUCCUGACAUGAUUUCAGCAAGUGGCGGCGUAGGCGGAGGGCACGGUGCGCCCCGCCUGUCCAACUCAGGCACCCUGCACUUCGGCGGCACCGUCAGUCGACGCGGCAGCGCCAUCAGCGGCAUGGACGCGGCGGCGGCUCAGCACCAGCUCGCGGCGGCGCGGCUGUCCAAUGUGUCUGCAACGUCAUCUGCAGCGGAGUGGCGAGCGCCGCCCACGCAGGACGGUGCACAGUCAGAUGAGGCUCAAGAGCCCCGCAGCGAGCCCCAGCAGCUGCUCAGCCCGCCUCUGCCCACGGCUAGGAACCUGGCGCCCGCGGGCGCGCUGCCGCCUCUGGCCCCAGCGCCUGCUGCCAGCAGCCGGCCGCAGCCGACCCCCAGCCCGCAGACUCUGCAUCUGCAGGCGUCCUACGCCUCGCACCAGAUGUCUUCAGAGCAGUCCAAGACGCCCACUGUGCCCAUCGGGCCGCCCAUGACGGCAACGGCCGCCGCCGCUGCCCACCAGCUGACAGUGCUGGGCCAGCUGGCGGCGCUGCAGCGGGCUGACGGCAGCUGGCCGCCGGACGCGGUGUUGGAGGAGCUGGUGGUCAGCAACGGCCGCAACCUGGAUGUGCCCGUCAUGGGUGGGCCCAAGCCCCAAACCGGGGCGCAGCGGCAUGAGGCCAUUGCACGUGAGGCGCGGGCUAGGGAGGAGCUUGAGGGCUUACGCGAGCACGCUCUACGCGGCGCGGUGCGCGGUGCGCUCUGGUCCACGCUGCUGGCGCUGGCCCUGCUGCGCACACGCUACGCAGCUGCCCGGCUAGCCUGGAUCCCAUUGGAGGCUCGGGCGUUUGCAUGGCUUGAGGGCGUGUGGCCGCCGCCAACCAUAUGCCCGCUGUCGCCUGCUUCGGCAAUCCUGCGCAUCUCCGCGCUGCUGGUUUAGGCAGCAGCAUGUGUACGGUACGUGUGUGUGAGUAUGAAUGUGUAUGUGUGUGUGUGUGUGUGUGUGUGUGUGUGUGUGUGUGUGUGUGUGUGUGUGUGUGUGUGUGUGUGUGUGUGUGUGCUUCGUGUGUAGUCGGCCUAAUGCACGCGGCGGUCGGGAGCGCAGGUGUGUACUUGGGCGCGCACGUAUUACCGGAACUGAAUAACCUGGAGUAACUGUGUGAGCGUCGGCAGACUUGGGUCGCACUCGACACUGACAGCACUUGGAAUAAGCUGCAUGGCGAUACGGCGAAUGUAGGGCCAUAAGAGGAUUGGGAAGGUGGUGUUGGGUGAUUGACGUACAAGGUGGGGUGUCGGCAUGCUUUGGAACUGCAGCCUGGACUGACAGCAUGACCUACAUGCCAGCAUUGUUAAUAAUACUGCCGGCGGCAGUAUGUCGAACCAGUCACCGGUCAGGGUGGGAAAGGUUGGAUGCCAUGUUUUGUUGCGGCAUCCAGGAUUCCCGUCUUGCUUGUGACACGGAGACUUGUGGUUGUAACAUUGCCGCGCUGACUUGCUCCACAACUGUAAGCCAUGUUUAUA